AUGCUGGUGGCCGUGGACACCAGCCAGGGGGCUGGCCCGAGCGUUGCCAGCGACAAGGAUAGGGACCUGCAGGAGCUGUUGCAGGAACUCGGCCAGCUCCAGGCAAAGCAGAGGAAGCUGAAGAGAGAGGUCGAGAAGCACAAACUUUUUGAAGACUAUCUGAUUAAGGUCCUUGAGAUAAUCCCUAAGGGUAUGUAUGCCGGUUCGGUACCAGAUGAGGCCCUGGUGGGGGCCAUGGUGGAGCACUAUGGGCAACUCUUCACAAUCAGCCAGGACAUCCAGGAGCAUCUGGAAGCCUUCUCCAAGAUGAGCCAGGUCUUCCACCAGAGGCUGGAGUCUCUAGAGGAGAGCCACAGGGCUCUUAUCCCGAGCCUCAAGAUUCAGCUGUGCCAGCUGCAGAAGCGCUGUCAUCGUGAGUGGAAGCUGUGGGGGUUGGGACACCGUGUCACCCCCCAAAAGGACAUGGACAGCUACAAUAACCAGCUGCUCAACGACCUGCAAAGGAUCAUCAACAACAUGGUCCGGCAGUGCUCCUCCUCCGCCCACCACUCCGCCUCCGCCCACCGCUCACCGGAGAGCAUGGGCCUCUUCUCGAAGCUCGACCUGAUUCAGGAAUUUAUGUUGGACAAAAUGGAGACAGUGAAAUUUAUCUCACUGCUCAUGGAACCCAGAGUAUGCUGGUCAGGGGACCGUCUCAAGAACCCCAGAAGAUACCGCAGCUCCUUCAGGAAAUACCCAAGGGAUCAAGAUUCGGUCCCAAGAACUCCCCUUCCAGGCACCCAGACUUCGGAGUGCUCCAGCUCGAGCUGA